AUGGAGCCAGUGGCGACCUGGACCCCCACGAAGGUGGCAGCUUGGCUAAGAGGCCUUGAUGACUGCCUGCAGGACUAUCCCUUUGAGGACUGGAAAUUGCCUGGAAAGUACCUGCUUCAACUCUGCCCCCGCAGCCUUGAGGCUCUGACUGUGUGGCCUCUAGGCCACCAGGAGCUUAUCCUGGAUGGGGUAGAACAGCUCCGGGCCCUGAGCUUGGGGCUGCAGACAGAGAACCUGCAAAGCCUGACCCAGGGGCUACUAGAAAGGACACAGACUUUCCAGAGCUUAGUGCAAGACCGCCUGGAUGAUUGUGCUGAGACCCCCGCUGACAUCCUCAGCGCAGCUGUGGAGCUAGUACAUGCGGCCCAGACCCUUCUCUCCUGGCUCAACAGGUACCUCUUCUCUCAGUUAAAUGACUUCUCAGCCUGCCAGGAGAUUGGGAAUUUGUGCAAGGAGAUAAGCCAAGUCUUGCAAGAGAAUUACCCCGCGGCUGAGAAGGAGAAAAGAGUGCUGAAGAUUUGCAGCCAUGUAAUUGGGAUCUGCCACACCAUUCUGAGCUGCAGCCCUGAGGAGUUGCUGGAGCAGAGAGCUGUUCUCCAGCGAGUACAACUGGAUGACCCUCUGAGCCUAGAAGUUCACACCACCAGCAACUGCCUGCACUUUGUAUCUCAAGUGGGCACCCAGGUUGCCACUGAUUCCCAGCUGCAGAUUCUGCCUGGAGACGAGAUUGUCCAGAUCAACGAGCAAGUAGUGGUAGGCUGGUCUCAUGAAAAUGUGAUGAAAGAACUACUGCAGGAACCAGCUGGGUCCAGCCUGGUGCUGAAGAAGGUCCCAGUGCCAGAGACGCCCCCUCAGACUCCCCAUCAGACCCUCAGCUCCCCAUUCCUGAGGAGCCCAUCUCCAUCUGCAGUUCCUUCUCCCAGCACCCUGUCCGAAAAUGUCUUUGCCUUUGACUUGACCUCAGACCCGAGUCCCGGGCCCAGCCCUGCCUGGACAGACUCAAUCUGUUCUGACCCCCAACACCAGCUAAUCUCUCCUUCGCCUUCAGCUUCAUUCCCAGCACAGGGAGCAGAGACCCAGGGGCUCCCAAAAACCCCUAACAGGAGUCCUGUCCCUGGUCGGAAGAAAUCAAAAGGCAUGUCUACUCGGCUGAGCCGCCGGCGGGUAUCAUGCCGGGAGUUGGGCCGGCCAGACUGUGAUGGCUGGCUUCUGCUGCGCAAGGCACCUGGGGGCUUCAUGGGCCCCCGCUGGCGCCGAUGCUGGUUUGUGCUCAAGGGACACACGCUCUACUGGUACCGCCAGCCCCAGGAUGAGAAGGCUGAGGGUCUCAUCAAUGUCUCCAACUACAGUUUGGAAAGUGGGCAAGAUUCAAAGAAAAAGUAUGUGUUCCAGCUCACCCACAAUGUAUACAAACCCUUCAUCUUUGCUGCUGACACCCUGACAGAUCUGAGCAUGUGGGUACGCCAUCUCAUUACCUGCAUUUCCAAGUACCAGUCCUUAAGCCAGGCCUCCCAGCACCGAGAGGAAGAUUGCUAUAGUGAAACAGAAGCAGAAGACCCUGAUGAUGAGACUGGGUCCCGUUCAAACUCGCCCAACCCUGCACACAUGUGGAGUGAGCUCCCUGGAGACCCUGGCCCUGCUGCUAGUCCCACUCAGGGAAGCCCCCGGAACUCUCUGGGCCCUUCAGCAGACAACAGUGAAGGUGCACUGGAAGGCAUGGUGCGGGGACUGAAGCAGGGUGGCGUAUCCCUCCUGGGCCAGCAGCAGCCUCUCACUCAUGAACAAUGGCGGAGCUCCUUCAUGAGGCGCAACCGAGACCCCCAGCUCAAUGAGCGGGCGCACCGUGUUCGCGCACUGCAGAGCACACUCAAGGCAAAACUGCAGGAGCUACAGGCCCUGGAGGAGGUGCUUGAUGACCCUGCACUGACAGCAGAGAAGUUCCGGCGGUGGAAGGAGCAGAACCAGGAGCUUUACUCCGAGGGCCUGGGAUCCUGGGGAAUAGGGCAAGCUGAGAGCAAUGCCCAAGCCCUGACCUCUGAUUCCAGAGAACAUACUUCCCCUUCCUUGACCUCCGACCCUGAGGAGCACCCCCAUUCUAGUCUCCCAGCCUCGGAGAGCGACAUUCCACUUCCUGACCUCUGA